AUGGGACCUGAUGAAAUUGAUGAACCAACUUUUGAUACCACACAAGAUGCUUCUAUAUCACAAACAGAUCAAGUAAAUCAAGGUGUGCCAUUUUGUGAUGAAAAAAUAAAGCCUAAAGUAGGACAAAUCUUUGAUACUUUAGAAGAUGGUGAAAUUUUUUACAAGAACUAUGCACACAGUGUUGGCUUUAGCGUGCGUUGCUCAUCAGAAAAUAAAAAUAUAAAUGGAGUCAAGCGUUGGAAAUAUUUUGUUUGCUCAAAACAAGGUUUCAAGCCAAAUGAAACAAAAGAUGGAGAAGGAGAACAAAUUCAAUCAGUAGUUAAAGCUAAGAAGAGGAGUCUUACUAGAGAAGGAUGUGAUGCGAAAGUUGCUUUUAAACUUUUAGAGGGAGGUAAAUAUGAGCUCACGCGAUUUCAUGAAAGUCAUACACAUCCACUUGCCUCACCUAGCAAGAGACAAUUUCUCAGAUCAGCAAGAAAAGUUAAUCCUGUUCAUAAGAGUAUAUUGCUUGCAAAUGGUAAUGUAAAUAUUGGUCCUUCAAAAACAUACCAAUUAUUGACAGAACAACUUGGUGGUCAUGAAAAUGUCGGGUGCACACAGAGGGAUCUACAAAAUUGUUUGAGAGAUUUAAAGACCUUGACUAAAGAUUCUGAUGCAAAUGUAUUUAUCGAUAACUUUAAGCGAAAGAAAGAAUUGAAUCCGUCAUUUUAUUUUGCUUAUGAGGUAGAUGUUGAAGAUCAACUGAAAUAUGUUUUAUGGGCAGAUGGUAUAUGUAGAAAAAAUUAUUCAUUAUUUGGUGAUGUGGUUUCGUUUGACACUACAUAUAAAACGAAUAAAUAUUCAAUGAUUUUUGCCCCAUUUACUGGAGUUAACCACCACAGACAAUGUAUCACCUUUGGAGCUGCCUUCUUAGCAGAAGAGAAAGCAGAUUCAUUUAUUUGGUUAUUUGAAAAGUUUUUGGAAGCAAUGGGAGGAAAUAAGCCAAAUCUUAUUAUAACAGAUCAAGAUCCAGCCAUGAGAGUUGCCAUAGAGAGGGUAUUUUCUUCCUCUUCACAUAGACUUUGUAUGUGGCACAUUAUGAAAAAGGUUUCCGAAAAGGUGGGUGUUUCUUUGAAUGGUAACUCAGAGUUCAAUAAUAAAUUUAAGUCAUGUGUUUGGGGUUCAGAGACUCCGGACGAAUUCGAAGCAACAUGGAAAUCUGUCAUGAUUGAGUUUGAGUUGGAAAAGAAUGAAUGGCUUUCACAUAUGUAUGAUAUUCGAAGUAUGUGGAUCCCAUCUUACUUUAGGGACAUACUUUUGGGUGGGAUAUUGAGAACAACAUCAAGAUCUGAGAGUGAAAAUUCCUUCUAUGGUAAUUUUUUGAAUCCUAAUGUUAGCUUGGUUGAAUUUUGGAUGAGAUUUGAGUCUGCAUUAGAUGCUCAAAGAUAUAAAGAGUUACUUGCUGACAAUAAUUCACUUCAUACUUUACCAAAAUUAAAGUUAGAUCGUGGUUUAGAGAGACAUGGUAGAGAUAUUUACACACGUGAAAACUUUUACAUUUUUCAAAAUGAAUUGUGGGCUGCAUGUGUAGAUUGUGGAGUUGAAAAUCGGAAUCAAAAGGAUGGCAUGGAUAUCUUACACAUAAUUGAUAACAAUGAAACCAAUAGAAAAGUACGAGAAGUGAUUUAUAACAUUUCUGAUUCCAUUUGGAAUUGUUCGUGCAAAAUGUUUGAAGCUCAAGGGAUACCAUGUAGACAUAUACUCUGUAUUUUGAAAGGGAAAGGUUUAAAUGAAAUACCGAGUCAGUACAUUCUAAAUAGGUGGACCAAGCUGGCAACUAAACAACCUAUUUUUGAUGUUGAUGGUAAUCUCUUGGAAGGGUGUGCUGCAACUGAAAAAGAGAGUCAACUCAUUUCAAAGGCAUGGAACCACUUAUUUAAGUGUAUGCAUAUGGCUGGACAACAUAAAGAAAAAUUGCAUCUUAUAAUUAAUGAAUGUGUGAAAAUUGAAAAGCAAUUGUUUGAGUUUGAAGGUGAUUCUACACAAACAAAGAAAAAAGAAUUAGAGUCUUUAAUUGGAUUUGAACUUCCUACCGAAGUGAAUAUUCGUCCACCAAAACAAUCAAAGACAAAAGGAAGUGGAAAACGAAUUAAAGGUGGUAAAGAGAAGGCCAUCGAACAACAACAGAAAAAACCACCUCGACUUUGUAGAGCAUGUGGUCAAUAUGUAUAUCAUGACAGUCGCAAUUGUCCUUCAAAAUCAUCUCCCUAA